AUGGAUUCAAUUCAACAAGACAGAUUAUCUAGUCUUCCCGACAUUCUUCUAAUUAUGAUCAUCUCUUUCUUGCCGUUAAAGGAAUGUGUAAGGACCAGUGUUCUCUCCAAGAGGUGGAGGUAUCUCUGCUUGGAGACCACAAACCUUUCUUUUAAGGAAUCUGAUUACGUGAAUCCUGAUAUCACCGAUGCUGAAUAUUCGAGAAUUGUAGCUUAUCGUUCAUUCUUUUGUUCUGUGGAUAAAUGGGUCUCUAUAACUCAACAUCAAGUCGUCGAAAGCUUCGAGAUUUGUUUCUCCCAUCUGGUGGGUUUCGAGGAUAAGAUCGACGCUCUGAUCGAAUACGCUGUCUCCACACGAGUGAAGAAUUUAGUUGUUGAUUUGUCAAACCCCUCUUGGAGAAGCAAUGGUGAUAUAUCAUAUCGUCAUUUUAUGUAUACAUUGCCUAAAAGCGUUUACAGUCUAACAACCUUGGAGUCACUGAAGAUUUACGGGUGCAAGUUUGAUCCUUCGAAAUUCGUAAACCCUGUAUUGCUAAGAAGCCUCUCUAUUGGUUGGGUCAGACUCGAAAACCUCCACUCUUUACUAUCCAAAUCUCCUUCCCUCCAGAGUCUAAGUAUCAAAAAUUGUUGGGGCGUUGAUAUCACGUCGAUGGCCGGGCAGUUCAGAGAGCUAGUCAUUGAGCAUUCAGACUUCAGUUACAUGCAAUGUGCCUUUGAGCUGCCUCGUAUACACAGCUUCAAGUACUCUGGGGAGUUGUUCGAGUUCUACUUCGACGUAGUGAAUGUGAUCAUACCAAAUGUGUACUUGGAUUUUGGAGAAGAGCGAGUAUAUGAUCUACAAAGCCAAUCAUCAAGAAUAUCGGGUGAGGUUAUUUCCCGUAUCAUUAACGACCUUAGAGCAGCUGAGACUUUAACUGUCUGCCCUUAUAUCCUCCAGGUUAUCCCAGAAUGUGAAAAGCCAUCUGAUUUGCUUCAACCUAUGGAAACACGACACUUGGUGUUAAGAACUAAGAUGCAUACCAAGGAGUUCAAUGGAAUAAUUCUUCUUCUCAACAACUGCCCUAAUUUGGAGACGCUUGGUUUUGAUAUUCUAACUCCAUGUCCUUUCUCGGCAACUUCGUCAGAUGAAGGCAUCGAUCCUAAAACGUAUUGGAUGCAGAAGAGAACAUGUAAGAGUCUAAGGAAGACACUGAAGGUCGUGGUUAUUAGGAACUUUUGUGGUUCCUCAAACGAGCUAAAUGUAUUGAGGUAUUUGAUUCGAUCAGCGAGCGGUGCUGGAGAUGCGUUGGAAAGAGUAGAGCUUUACGUGCCGAAUGGGAUGGAAGAAAGUCAAGCGAUGGUGGUAUUUGCUAAAGCGGAAAUGUUACAGAGAACUUCGAAGCAUGUACAAGUUCUUUGUGCACAACUCUUGAAAAAAUGA